AUGUAUUUACCAACAAUUCCAUUAGUGUGUUUCGAUGUGACUCAUGAUCCAAUCGCUAAAAUUGAACGUAGUCUACGUGUAUCUAUUGCAAAUAUUGAUCAAAACGAUGAUCCAAAUCUUCGCUAUGUAGCAAAAUCAUUACAACAUUCUGGUUUUGCUAGAACAUUUAGGAAAUAUCUUGAUAAUCAUGAUAAAAGAAUGAUAGUUGAGCAUGUUCUUUAUGAAAAUGGAAUAGGAUUAUUAGAUGAUAUUGACUCUUACCUCGAGAUUAUUUGA